GCAACCAGCCUCCGGUUUCCCGGGAGCCCCCGCGGCCGCUGAAGGUGAGCGGGCCGUCAUGGCGUUCUUGGCGUCGGCGGCAUACCUGACCCACCAGCAGAAGGUGCUGCGACUUUACAAGCGGGCGCUGCGCCACCUGGAGUCGUGGUGCAUCCACAGGGACAAAUACCGAUAUUUUGCUUGUUUGAUGAGAGCCCGGUUUGAUGAACAUAAGAAUGAAAAGGACAUGGUGAAGGCCACCCAGCUGCUGAGGGAGGCAGAGGAAGAAUUCUGGCACAGUCAGCAUCCUCAGCCAUACAUCUUCCCGGAGUCUCCUGGGGGCACCUCCUAUGAGAGAUACGAGUGUUACAAGGUUCCCGAGUGGUGCUUAGAUGACUGGCAUCCUUCUGAGAAGGCAAUGUAUCCUGAUUACUUUGCCAAGAGAGAGCAGUGGAAGAAACUGCGGAGAGAAAGCUGGGAUCGAGAGGUUAAGCAGCUGCAGGAGGAAGCCCCACGUGGUGGCCCCAGAACUGAAGCUUUGCCCCCAGCCCGAAAGGAAGGUGAUUUGCCCCCACUGUGGUGGCAUAUUGUGACCAGGCCCCGGGAGCGACCCAUGUAGGGAAAGAGGAAGACGCCUCACCAGUCACGCUCGCAAGUGAAAUAAGUUACAGAACAUACACACACUUGCCCUAAUAAAAUAACUCAAUAUGGUG